CAAAGGAGAUUGGCAGCACAGCUGUUUUGGGAAGAAAAAAAAAAAAGCCAGCCUUCCUGUUUCUUUAAAGCCGCUCAUCUGCGCGGCGGGCCGGCUGCCGGCGCUGGGAGGCAGGCUGCGGGAGCCGCGGGCGGACUGACGGACGGACGAUCGCACGGACGGACGGAGCCGGCCCGCCGGGGCUCUGCGGCCAGAGCGGGCGCAGAUGGGCGGCGGCGGCAGCGGGGCGGCGGCAGCAGCAGCAGCAGCGGGAGCAGCAGCAGCAGCAGCGGGAGCAGAGCGGCGGAACCACCGCUGCUGAGCGCACCCGCGCAGCGCCAUGCGGAGCACGCCGCUGGCGGAGGGCGAGCCCUGGCCGCGCCUCUGCGCCGCCGAGCUGGGGGGGCUGCGGCGGCUGCGGCGCAAACACGGCUGCAAAAGUUUCCGCGUGGAGCUCAAAGUGCUGAACGGGAGGCGGACGGGGCUCCGCGCUGCCCCACCGCCACCACCGCCACCACCACCCCCUCCCGCCACCUCCGCUCCGCCGCCCGCCUGGGAGCCGCGCAGCUCCGCGCUCGGCGCCGCCGCCAGCGCCUUCCCCGCCGCGCCGCCGCCCCCCGCCGCCCGCCCGCCGCCACCGCCGCCGCCCGCCGCCUCCCCGCGCCCGCGGCCGGGUGAGGCGUCCGGUGUCUCUCCGGAGAUCAAAGCCCUGCAGCAGACGCGGCGGCUGUUGGCCAACGCCCGGGAGCGGACCCGCGUCCACACCAUCAGCGCCGCCUUCGAGGCGCUGCGGAAGCAGGUUCCCUGCUAUUCUUAUGGUCAAAAGUUGUCCAAACUGGCCAUCUUGAGAAUAGCCUGUAACUAUAUCCUUUCCCUGGCCAGACUAGCAGACCUGGAUUACAGCGCUGACCACAGUAACAUGAGCUUCUCUGAAUGCGUGGAGCAGUGCACUAGGACCUUACAAGCAGAAGGAAGAUCUAAAAAAAGGAAGGAGUAAUAACCAGGAAGGGAGGAUUCAGAAGAGCUUCCAGCCAGAGCUACAUCUGUUCUUGGCAAAGGUUGCACAAUCCAGGUGAAGACUGCAAGCAGCUUUUUUGCAGAAGCCCCUUUUUUGAGAUGACGAUUGGCCAAGGAACUUUCUUAACCUCUGGAACAGAAAGGAAAAAAAAGGAAAAUAAACAAAAAGGACAGGGAUGCUUCCUAUUGUUGUUAAGCCAGCCACCUUUUAGUACGUGCAAUUUAUUUAGCACUUUUCCCUUUGCUUAACUGGGAAAUGUUACCCUCUCAGCUCAUGUGUACAGUAAUGUGUUGUUAUUGUUGUUGCCGUUGUGCCAAAGAUUUGAUGGAGCUUCUACACUGUGUCUUAUUUUUGCCUUAACGUUAAAUCUUUGAGCCAAAGAAAAGUCAGAGGUGCCAUUCAGGUGGUGGCGAGCAGGCCAGCCAGCUGUCGGUGACAAAUCUGAAUUUCGGAAUCCUUCUGUGAGUCGCCUCUUAUUUCUCCUGCCUGCACUUUGCCUGCAGCCCUGGAGCCGGCGUUCAGUGUGGGCAAGAACUGGGACAACACCAAAAUAAUGCUUCAGCAUUCAGGUUUACUUCUUUAUUUGAGCUACUCCAUAGUUGUGCCUUUUGGGCAAUAUUCCAGCGUUCCUGCUUGUGUGACACAUCCACGGGAUAGAAAUACUGACACAAAGUGAGAGCUGAAACAGGAGCUAUGAUAUCUUUUUUUAAUAAAUAAAAUUAAAUAAGCAAAAGCAAAACAAAAAAAAAAAAUCAAAAGAAAGUUCAGCUAGGCAGAAUGAAAUGCAGCAAAACAAUUCAGUGGGCGUUUCAGUUUUGUGAAGUCAUUUUUUCCGUGGGUUUUUUUCAAGUGGUCAGAAACCCUUGUAAUGCAAAAGCAUUUGAAUCCUAUACUGUACCUUUCACUUCAAAUUGAAGUAAAAAAAAAAAAAAAAAAGAAAAAAAAGAAAAAAAUGGAGAAACACUUGCUUGGAGUAAGCAGACUUUAUAGGUAAUGCAGUUCAUAUGUAAAACAUCUGCUAAUGACAGGAGGAUAGAGCUCUGUGUUCAAGUGGAAAAAAAAAAUGUGUUUUCAAACCAAGGAGAUGAACAUAUUUUGUUUCCCACUCAAGGGGGAAGGUUAUUUGGAAGGCCAGAUUUGCAUCCUGGCUACAUCUGUGUAAAUCAGGUUCCCGGGUGUCUGACUUACUCCAGUCUGAAUCUGGCCAGGCAUCACUGGGCACUGGGGAGGGCGAGGGGCUGCAGAGGGGAAUAAUCUGUUUUACUGACAUGAAUACAGAACUUGAAGUCCUUGGUGCCUUCCCGUUUAUUGCCCGAACUCAGCAGUUGUCAGAUGAACACCAAGCUGGGGAGCCGGUCUGCUAAAGCUGAGCUCAGUGAAGCAGGGUCUGGGUCUAAGGGGAGCCAGGCUGUGCGGUGACAAUCUGCUCACUGCCGAGUUGUCUGGUCCCAGCGGGGAUGGGCAAGAUCCCAUUGAGGAUGCUCGACGUCUUCUACUGGAUUCCUGGGACACGUGGGGGACUGGGGUGUCCAGGCCCCCUCCCAGGAGUUCAUUAUACUGCUCACCCCUCCACCCUCACCGCCCAAUAAAAUACAUUUUUAGGUUGUCAUUUGUAUUUCUUUAUUAAAGCACAGUUUUGAA